AGACAGGCUGUACUAGCCAAUGAUAGCCAAUUCUCAGCAAUUCAAUCAGGGCGCUACGCCAAGACAGCCAAUGAGCUUUGAGGGGAGGCGGGGCGUAGGUGAGGCGCUGCUUGCUGCCGGGGAAACUGGCUGAAGGUUCUUUUGCCGGUGGACUAGAAACUCCCGCCAUUUCGACAGGGAAUUAACCUCUUGUUUGAUUGGGGAUACUUUCUUGUGACACUUGCGAAUAUUGUUUAUUGAUAAAACAAAACCUCGACAGCACAGCCUAUCAGCAAAAAAGAUCAGAUCUAGUUUAAAAAUAUUUUGUUAGGACUGUAAAACUGCAGCCGAAUUGAGCUCUGGCUGUUGCCGCGAGUUUGAUUUCGGUGUGGCUCUCAUCCUUUCGUGUUCACCUGAAGGAACUAAAAGUUUACCAACUAACCCGUCGGAGCAAAGCUUUAAUAUCUUUUACUUCCCGGAAUUCUGGUUAAAACCAGCGUGUCUCCGCAGCUGCAGAAGCGGAGAAUGUUGCGAUGAGGCCAUCGGUGAGAAGCGCACUGUUAUUGUUUUGCAACGAGAUAGAGAUCCAGACUGCUAGCUGAUUAACUAGCUUCGGCACGCUCAGAGCCGGGGCCUGCCGGCUGUAACGCGAGACGUGCUAUCGCUCGGUACCUAUAUUACCGAGGCUUGGAUACAUGCUAAGAACUAUCACGGAGUAAGGUUGUGCUAGUUUGUUGCCAGAAAGUCACGCUCAACCUCUGGCACUCGUGCCGUCUUUGGAUCUGCCAUGGCACCGCUUCUGGGCCGGAAACCGUACCCGCUGGCUAAGCCGCUAGCCGAGCCACCAGGCCCGGGAGAAGAGGUCUACAUCAUCGAGCAUACCAAGGAGGCCUUCAGGAACAAAGAAGAGUAUGAGGCACGCCUGCAGAGGUAUGAUGAACGCAUCUGGACAUGCAAGAGCACAGGAAGCCUCCAGCUUACUCACAAAGAGGCCUGGGAGGAGGAACAAGAAGUCACAGAGCUGCUUCAGGAGGAGUACCCUCUGUGGUUUGAGAAGCCAGUCCUUGAGAUGGUCCACCACAACACGGUGUCCUUAGACAAACUGGUGGAGAUGGCCUGGGUGGAAAUCCUCACCAAGUAUGCUGUUGGUGAAGAGUGUGACUUCCUGGUGGGAAAAGACCAAAGUUUGCGAGUGAAAGUGAUGAAGAUUCACCCCUUGGAGACCUCAGAGGGUGAGUCGGGUGAGAAGAAGCUUGAAGGUGCCUGUGACUCCCCAUCCAGCGACAAGGAGAACGCAAGCCAGGAGAACCAGAGGAAGGAGCCUCCGUCUCGAGAGGAGGAGAACAGAAGGGAGAGUCUGAGUGACAGAGCGCGCCGUUCUCCAAGGAAAGCUACCACUGCCAUGAAGGAAGAGAAGAGGAGAUGGGUCAUGCCCAAAUUCCUUCCUCAUAAGUAUGACGUGAAGCUCAUCAAUGAGGAUAAGGUGAUCAGCGAUGUCCCAGCAGAGAGUCUCUAUAGAACAGAGCGACCUCCUACCAAGGAGAUCAUGCGCUACUUCAUCAGACACUACGCCUUGAGGCUGGGCAAAGGAGAAAGUGCCCCCUGGGUGGUCGAAGAUGACCUGGUGAAAAAAUACAACCUGCCCAGUAAAUUCAGCGACUUCCUCCUUGAUCCGCAAAAGUUCUUGGCAGGAAACCCGUCCACGAAGCGUAAAAGCUUGACUUCUCCUGAAGGCAAACCUAACAAGAAGGUGAAAACCGGUGACACUCCUGGAGAGGAUUCAGGAAAUGAGAAGGGAGAGAAGAAGAAGAAAAAGAAGAAAGAAGGGUUGCCUCUUAGUCCCACCAUAUGGGGUCACAUGCAGAAGAUGAAGAUGAAUGGUUCCCCCCUCAAGGUAAAGAACUCUGGAACUCCUAAGAAAGGAGACGGAAAAGGCUCUGCUCCCUCCACUCCAAGGUCUGGCAAGAAGACCGGGGACAAAAAAGAUGGCAAGAAAAGCGGAAAGGGCGGCGAUAAGAAACUUGAUGUUCUAAAAUCUUCUAAAAAAGAUGGGAAAACUGGCGAUAAGACGCCAAAAAUGAAGCAGAUGACUCUGCUGCAGCUGGCUAAGGGAACCCCUGCAGGGAGCCCAAAGAAGCGGGCUCGCAGCUCCAGCCUGGGCACACCCAAACUUGGGAAGCCGCUGCACCCCAUGGCGUUGCACCUCGUCCGCUACUACAAGGAGCACAAGGGAAAAGAGGAUAAGAAGACGUCCCUCUCUUCCCUCAUAACCAAAGCUGCCAAGACGCUGUCCGCCGAAGACCGCGGGCGUCUGCCGGACGAGCUGAAGGAGCUGGUACAGAAGCGCUGGGAGCUGCUGGAGCAGAAGAAGAGAUGGGCAGCCAUGAGUGAAGAAGAGAAGAACGAGGAGAUGAAGAGGAGGCGUGCUGAGCUCAAAGAGAAACUGAGAGAAAAGGCCAAGGAGAAGCGCAAGCAGGAGAUGUUGGUCCGCCAGGAGCAGUCGCGUAGAUACGAGGACCAGGAGAUCGACGGUGGCAAAGCGCUGCCGACGUUCAAGCUGGUGGACAUGCCCGAAGGCCUGCCCAACACGCUGUUCGGCAGCGUCGCCAUGGUGGUGGAAUUCCUCCACUGCUACGCCGGGCUGCUGAUGCCCGAGGACCAGUAUCCGAUCACAGCAGUGGCGCUGAUGGAGGCGUUGGCCGGGGAGCGCUCCGGCUUCCACUACCUGAACCGCGUGCUGGUGGUGCUGCUGCAGACGCUGCUGCAGGACGAGCUGGCCGAGGGCUACAGUGAGCUGGACAUGUCCCUGUCAGAGAUCCCGCUCACCAUGCACUCGGCGUCGGAGUUGACGCGCCUGUGCCUGCGGCCGUGCGACGCGCACGACGAGAGCGGCCAGGGCUCGGAGGACUCGGGCGCCGUCGGCGGCUACGACGACGUGGUGAGCAGCGAGUUCCUGGAGAAGCUGGAGACGGUGGAGGUGUUCGAGCUGAGCCCGGAGGAGAAGGUGGACCUCCUGGUGGCGCUGUGUCACCGCAUCCUCAUGACCUACUCGGUGGAGGACCACGUGGACGCCAUGCAGCAGCGCUCGGCGGAGCUGUGGAAGGAGCGCCUGGCCAUGCUGAAGGAGGUCAACGACCGCAAGAAGGCAGAGAAGAAGAUGAAGAAGGAGAUGGAGAGCAAAGGUGAGAAGAAAAAGGAGGGAGCAGCUAAAAAGGAGAGCAAGAAGGAAGUGAAGGUGGAGCCGGAGCCGGAACCCGAGGAUCUGAUCAGCCUGGUGAAGAGCCGCCGUCUGAUGGCCAUGCAGGCCAAGAAGGAGAAGGAGGAGCUGGACCGGCAGAACAAAGAGCGGAUGGAGAAGGAGGCCGAGGAGGAGCGGCUGCGGAAGCAGAAAGCCGCAGCAGAACGCGCCUUCCAGGACGGCAUAACCAAAGCCAGACUGGUGAUGCGCCGGACGCCGCUCGGAACAGACAGAAACCAUAACAGAUACUGGCUUUUCUCCGACGUGGUUCCCGGGCUUUACGUCGAGAAGGGCUGGGUGCACGACGGCAUCGACUACAGCUUCACUCCUCCGUCCGAGGAGAAAACGGGUGAGCCAGAGAUGGAGGAAGAGGAAGAGGAAGGCAGCGAGGCAGCUUCAGUUCCCGACUCGCAACCCGAUUCGCAAGAAGCUGAAAAAGACGACGCAAGCGUCGACGGCGCUGCAAGUGAAGGAGUCCAGCAGGGGGCAGCACCAGACGUCUGUAUUGAAACUACAAUUCCCAAACAGGGACAGAAUCUUUGGUUCGUCAUCGACAGCCCGGCUGAGCUGGAGGAGCUGGUGGAAAGUCUUCAUCCUCAGGGAGUCCGAGAGAGCGAGCUAAAGCUAAAGAUCCAAAGCAGGUACCAGGACAUCCUACACUCCAUCUAUUUGAGUCGUAAAUCCAAACUGGGACUCAGGAGCUGCGACGGCUACGCCGAGCUGCUCAAAUACAUGCGCAGCGACCUCCAGGAGAUAGCCUCCAGGCUGCAAAAGGGAGGACUGGGCUACCUGGAUGACAACGUAGAUAUAGAAGAGCAGCUGAAAGACAUGGAGAGCUUGAAGGACUUUGGUGAGUGCAUCAUCACGCUUCAGGCCUGUGUCAUCAAGAAGUUCCUGCAGGGCUUCAUGGCUCCCAAACAGAAGAAGAAGAAGAAACAAGCAGGGGAAGAAAGCAGCAAGGCCGAGGAGGUGGACGAGGAGAAGAAAGUAGCGGAAGAAGCCAGGGUAGCCACAGCCGUAGAGAAGUGGAAGUCGGCCAUCAGGGAGGCGCUGACCUUCUCCCGGAUGCACGUUUUGCUGGGAAUGUUGGAUGCCUGCAUAAAGUGGGACAUGUCUGCCGAGAACGCUCGCUGCAAAGUCUGCCGCAGGAAAGAGCUCAGGAAGGACAUGCCUCUAAGGCUGAUGGAGUGUAGGACCAGACCCAGACAGGGAGGCAGCAGAAAACUCAGAGCAGAGCAGGGUAGAUGUGUCAGGCAGGUCUACGUCGAGAGCCGGCAGCUCCGCACGCCCUCAGGUGAUGAUGAGAAGCUCAUCCUGUGUGACGAGUGCAACAAGGCCUUCCAUCUGUUCUGCCUGCGACCGGCUCUGUACCGCAUCCCUGCUGGGGAGUGGCUGUGUCCGGCCUGCCAGCCCACCAUGGCCAGGAGGGGCUCGCGCUCAAGGAAUUAUAAACAAAACACCGACGAAGAGGAGAGCGAGGAGGAGUCUGAAGAGGAAUGCUCUGAAGACGAUGACGAGGACGAGGAAGAAAAUGACUAUAAAGCCAUGGGGCACAGCUUGAGGCCGAGGAAGAAAAACAAGCAGUCUUCAUCACGACAGAAGAGCUCUAAAAGUAAAGCCAAGAAGGUGUCCAGCAGGCAGAGCAGCAAGCAGAGAGGCGGGCCCAGCAGCCCCGCAGACAUCGACGAACUGGUGAGGCAGAGUACCCAGACAGGGCUCAGCAAGCAGGCGCUGGAGCUGGAGAGGUGUGAGGAGAUCUUGAAGAAGCUGAUGAAGUUCCGCUAUAGCUGGCCCUUCAGGGAGCCCGUUUCCCUGGACGAGGCUGAGGACUACCUGGACAUCAUCUCGGAGCCCAUGGACUUCCAGACGAUGCUGGGGAAGUUCGGCCAGGGCUCGUACCGACACGCCCAGGACUUCCUGGAGGACAUGAAGCUGGUGUUCUCCAACGCGGAGGAGUACAACCAGCAGGGCAGCACGGUGCUCUCCUGCAUGGGCAAGACGGAGCAGACGCUCACCGAGCUCAUCCAGAAGCUGCUCCCCGGAAUCAGCUACCUCCGCCGGCGCUCCCGCAAGCGCGUCAACCAAGCUCCUCCUUCAUCCGAGGAGGAGGAAGAAGAAGAAGAGGAGGAGGAGGGUGAUGACGAUGAAGGGGACUGCGAAGAGCAGGUAGAGGAACCCAAGAAGAAGAUGCAAAAUGGCAAAUCGAACCAGAAGACAGGCAGGAACGUUCGGGGCCGGAAAGAGGAGAGCGAGAGCGAGGCGGACAGUGAGGAGGAGGAGAUCAGCAGAAGCAGCAGGAGGAGGAAGAGCAAGAGGACCUCUGGCGCCUCCGGCAGGAAGGAUUACAGGGAACUGGACAGCGACGGGGAGCAGGGCACGAGAAGAACUCGUCUGCGGGGGGGGCGGGGCGACGCCAGCAGCGACGAGGAGCAGCCCAGCCAUCAGCAGCGACAUUCCAAGAGACUGAAACGCUCGUGAAGAACCCAAGGUGUCUCCUCUCCAUCAUAAUCUCUGGACCACUGGCUCUCCUCCUCCUCCUCUCCCCACACAACCAGCAGGACUCAGAUUUCAGAAGGACUGGUUUUUGGUUAACAAAUUUAUGUUCACAUUUUGGAAAACAAAAAAAAACCUGCUUUAUAUUUGUAAAAUUUUUUAUAUCGAUGAUGUUUUUGUGUUUUUUUUGUUGGUCCCAACCAAGAAAAAUUAACCUUUUACAAUAAUUACUUUUUUUCAUGGCUCUUAGGAUUUAUAUUUCAGUUUGCCGUCGACAUCAUCACACUAUCCUGACACUUUGUCGCCAGGCCAUCUCUUUGCUGACCUUUUGUUUUUUUUUGUUUUUUGUCCUGGAUGGGUAAUUUAUAGCUGCCAAGAUAUUUUAAUUUCAUUUCUGCACAUAUUACUCCUGGUCAGGAGUUUCAACUGGGUUGAGUUUCAGAUUGCAGAUUAUCUUCAGGAACCAGAGCGGCUCAUAGAGCCUCUUGUCUGUAGUGCCCUGUCACUUUAAAACACCUCAGAUGAUCCUCCUGUUUGUACUCCUCCUUUGUAAAAGUAACGGCACCGGGCGUAAAUAAAAUUGUGUGAUCAAUCAUUUCUAUACAGUAUUUAAGACCAGUGUCUUUUUUUUUUUUUACUUAUUUUUGUUUUUUGGGCGCAUUUUAUUUGAUAUUGUAAAUGAAAACCUUUCCAAUAAAGGCACAGACAACACGUCUCAGCAGAAAUGACAAUUUUUACCUUUCGUAACCAACGUUUAGUUUAAAAUUGACGCCAUGUUCCAGAAAAUGUCUCGGUGUGGUCACCAGGGGGCGCUCUGCCUCUCCGUUUAAUCCUCCAAUCGCUGCUGCAGAAUUUAUUGGUGGAUUAAAAAUAUUUCAUUUGAACAUCUGUCUUUGUAUCAGCAGCAGCAGUACACAGAAAGUCAAUGUAAAUCAGAUUUUUUUUUUUAAUUAAUGCCCAAUGUGUAUAUAUUUAUAUAUUUGUGUAUACCGAUAAGGCAAUGGUUCGUAUUCCCCUCUUUUCCUGUCCGUACUGUGAGAUGCUGUGUUUUACUAGUGCUGUUUAACAUCCAAACUUUCUAGUCACAAGUUUUUGCCCAACCUGUUUCUGUUCAGCUUGGUUUUGCUCACCCAGUAAGCUGUUUUUAAUAAAAAAAUAAAAUUAAAAUAAUCUCCCUGAGAUGUCGGAGAAUAAACAAAAGGCGACUGGACCCUCUCUGAGGGAAAUCUUGUUUGUAGAUGCUUUCCUUAUUCUUGGCGGACCUGCAAAAGGCUUUUACACUUAAAUUUUUAAAUAUAUAUAUUUAUAGUCUAAAGCAGGGUUGGAGCUGGCUGGAGGUUUCUCGCGUAAAGGAUAAAGGCCAGAGGCCAUGGCUCUCCCUGAUUUUAUUUAGGCAGAGCUGAGGGCCGGUGUCGGGUCGGUCUGACAGAAAUCACUGCCAUCAUGAGAUAAUGGACUGGGGAGAAGAACGGGCCAGCCUUGAUGGCUGAACUAUGUCUUUACUUUUUAAUAAAAUAUUAAAACAUU